CUCUCUCUCUCUCUCUCUCUCUCUCUCUCUCUCUCUCUCUCUACUUCUCACACACACGCACUCCAUUAUCUUGUUGGAUGUGGUCGAUGUUUCGGAGUGUUACCAAGCGGGACAAUGAAAACCGAAAGCAGGCUCGUGCAGUGGAUAUGUUGGCUCACCGUUAUAACAUCGUUUUUCCUGACCGGGUUUAUAAUAGGCUGGUUUGCGAGGCCCAGCAGUACAGACACAAGCCAUGAUGAAGGGUCCAGACGUUACCUGAGAGAGUUUCUGGAUGAGAUGCGACCAGAGAACAUCAGAGACCAUCUCAGGAAGUUCACCCGGUUACCCCACCUGGCCGGUACAGAGCAGAACCUCAGAUUGGCUGAACAGAUAAAAGGGGAGUGGCUAGAGUAUGGUCUGGACUCAGUAGAGAUGGUGCCUUAUGAUGUGCUGCUGUCAUACCCCAACACAUCACAACCCAACUACAUCUCUAUAGUAGACCAGCUGGGCAAUGAGGUGUUCAACACUUCUCUAUCAGAGCCGGUUCCUGAGGGAUAUGAGAAUGUCUCUGACAUCGUUCCUCCCUAUAGCGCCUUCUCAGCACAGGGACAACCAGUGGGUGACCUGGUUUAUGUGAACUAUGGGCGUACAGAGGACUUCUUCCAGCUGGAGAGAGAGAUGGAGAUUAACGUCACUGGGAAGAUCGUCAUUGUCAGAUAUGGAAAUAUCUUCAGAGGAAACAAGGUGAAAAAUGCGAUGCUUCAUGGGGCAAGUGGUAUAAUCAUGUUCUCGGACCCUGCAGAUUACUGCGCCCCAGGAGUUCAGCCAUACCCCGACGGGUGGAACCUUCCAGGCGGAGGGGCACAGAGGGGUAAUGUCCUCAACCUGAACGGAGCAGGAGACCCCCUUACACCAGGGUACCCUGCUAAAGAAUACACUUACAGGUACAACCUGGAGGAAGGGGUGGGGCUUCCUAAAAUUCCAGUGCAUCCUAUUGGCUAUCAUGAUGCCAUCCAACUACUGAAGAAUAUGGGAGGAGACAUCCCACCCAAUAACUGGAAGGGAGCGUUGAAUGUGUCUUAUCGGAUUGGACCGGGCUUCACUGACGGCUUCAGUACGCAGAAGGUGCGUAUGAACAUCCACACCAACAACCAGGUGACCCGGAUAUACAACGUCAUCGGGAAGUUACGAGGGGCCGUGGAGCCAGACCGCUAUGUGAUCCUGGGGGGCCACCGGGAUGCCUGGGUGUUCGGGGGGAUCGACCCGGUAACGGGAGCUGCCGUGGUGCACGAGAGUGUGAGGAGCGCCGGGAAACUGCUCAGAAAAGGCUGGAGACCCAGGAGGACCAUAGUAUUUGCCAGUUGGGACGCAGAGGAGUUUGGACUGCUGGGAUCAACAGAGUGGGCUGAGGAAAACGCCAAAGCGCUGCAGGAGAGAGCAGUGGCUUACAUCAAUGCAGACUCAGCGAUAGAGGGUAUGUACACAUUGAGGAUAGACUGCACUCCCUCCCUCCACAACUUGGUGUACGACAUCACGAAACAGGUGUCAAGUCCAGAAGAGGGAGAGGAGGGGGUGUCUCUGUAUGAGAGCUGGCACAAGCGGGACAACUGGACAGAUGACCGCGAUGCACCCAGGAUCAGUAAGCUGGGUUCAGGCAGUGACUUUGAGGCGUAUUUCAUCCGACUGGGCAUCGCAGCAGGCAGGGCCCGAUAUACCAAGAACAGGAAGACAGAGCGGUACAGCAGCUACCCAGUGUAUCACAGUGUGUAUGAGACCUUUGAGUUGGUGGAGAGGUUCUACGACCCUUCCUUCCAGAAGCUCAGAGCCGUAGCUCAGGUCAGGGGAGGCCUCAUCUUCCUAUUGGCUGAUUCCCAGCUCCUCCCCCUGGACGCCAGCCAAUACGCUGGCUCUCUGACAAAGUAUGCCCACACCAUCGCUCAGCUGGGACAGAAACACCCAGAUGCUCUUGUGACAUAUGGGGUAUCAUUCGAUUCUCUGUUCUCUGCGGUGGAGAACUUCACUGUGGCUGCCAGGGACUUCCAUGAGCGUCUCAACACUCUGGACAGGACAGACCCUAUACAGGUACGUAUGGUCAAUGACCAGCUAAUGUACCUGGAGAGAGCCUUCGUGGACCCGCUAGGUUUACCUGGCCGACCAUUCUACAGGCAUGUGAUCUUUGCUCCCAGCAGUCAUAAUAAAUAUGCUGGCGAGUCCUUCCCUGGCAUCUAUGAUGCGCUGUUUGACAUCGAGCACGCAGCCAAUCCCAAACAGGCGUGGGAGGAAGUGAGGCGACAGAUCAGCAUCGCUGCGUUUACCGUCCACGCUGCCGCCAUGACACUCACACCCCCUGCCUAACACACACACACACACACACACACACACACAGCACCUGAUAAAGACACACCAGCCCAGCCUUAUACUCCAUGCUAUAUCUGCACCAGUAGUCUGAAGCCACAUCAUCUCCCACCGCUGGACAUACUAUGUGGGUGCAUUUAGUAAAACUGCCCGAUUUGGAAAAUAAAAAUAGACUUUGAAUAACGUUUGUGAGCUUCAUCCCUCUGAUAUAAAGAUAGCCCAUACUGAGCAGUAUAAUUACAAUGUAGGUGCAGAGUUUUAUUACGUUUGUGUGAUUUUUUUCAAAGACUGUUAAAGCACGACCAUGAUUGCUAAGGUAAGAGAACAUUGUUUUACCGGUUAUAUUUGCUGGAAGGCAGCUGAUAUCAAUAAAAUGGCACAAACAGUCUCAAAUGCACUUGACAAAGAACA